ACAUUAUAAUGCGCUAUCGGGAAUAUGCAGAGGCAAAGGCGAAGGCCGCGUCGGACGCGCAUGGAAAGGCUUCCCCUGCACAUCGGUCUCUUCCUCGUCUACGUACUCUUCCAGCUAGUCUCCUCUUCGUUGUCUAGUUCCUCGACCACGCCCCCGGUCACCUCGACCGCGACGAGUCCCAGCAAAGCGCCGGAAGCGAGUGCGACCCCAAGAAUACAGUCAGCCUCGACGAGCAGCAGACAAGAGAAUGAGAAAGAGUCGAUGCUCGACGAGACGUCCACCAAAGCCUCUUCCACCCCCGUAUCCAAGGACAAGGAGAAGGAGGACAAAAAUGCGACGACGAUUAAGGAAGACUUGGAGAAAAUAAACGACACGGCGUCGAUGGAUUCUCAGUCGACGACGGCGUUCGUCGACCCACACCCGACAUGGCGACCUCGACGCGAGAACUGCUCACCCCCGGCCAUCGAGCAGUUCCCGAGGCCCCUCAUGGGGCCCUACGUUCGUAAGCACGGUGGCCUUGUCAUCCACGUCCUCGUAGCCGUCUACACUUUCCUCGGGCUGGCCAUCGUAUGCGAUGACUAUUUCGUCGCCAGCCUCGAUCGCAUCUGCGAGGAGCUGAAAUUAUCUCCUGAUGUAGCCGGUGCUACUUUUAUGGCUGCAGGAUCUUCAGCACCAGAAUUAGCAACCGUAGUUAUAGGAGUCUUCUUUGCCAAGGACGACAUUGGCGUUAGCGGCGUAAUAGGUAGUGCCGUCUUCAAUAUAAUGUUCGUAAUAUCCGUAUGUGGCCUCUGCACCAGCACGGUCUCCAAAUUAAAUUGGUGGCCACUUUGUCGCGAUUGCUUUUUUUACUUCAUAUCCAUCUUAGUCAUGCUCGGUACUAUCGCCAACGAAUCCAUUUCAUGGGGAGAAUCAUUGUUCAUGCUGAUAAUGUAUGCUGUAUACUGCGUUGCUCUGACGUUUAAUGGCCCGUUGGAACGAUGGGCAAAAUCCUACAACAUUCCCUGGUUACCCAAAGACGAAGAGCAACCUGCCGAACAAAGUGCUCUCGUCACGUAUAAAAGUUUGCAAGAAGAACGCCAAGGCUAUACAGAUCCGAACAAGACAUCGAUUGAUCAGCCAAAAACGAACGAAGGCUAUUCAACUGGUGACGCAAGUUAUAAUAAUUGGCAAAAUCCAAGCUCGGGUGCAACUAACCAGUGGGAUCCAAACGACGCUUGGAAUCAGAGUCAAAACGACCAAUGGAAUCCCAAUGACGCGUGGAACCAGUCUCAGCAGCAGCCACAACAACAGCAACCGAUACAGUCACCACCUCAGCAGCAGCAGCAGCAGCAGCAGCAACAACUACAACAACAACAACAACAACAACAACAACAGCAGCAGCAGCAGCAGCAGCAACCGCAACAGGAACAAUCGGCUCGACCGGCAGCGCCAAAACAACCACAAUAUUAUAAAGCUAAAGAGCCCGAUCCAAACGAAGUGUCUCCGUUGGUUAAACCAACCGAUGGCGGAACAUGGGGACUCUUCACUUGGGGACUAGUUUACCCCAUUCACUACAUGUGCCGCUUAACUAUGCCUGAUUGUAGACAAGAGAAAUACAGAGGCUGGUAUCCCUUCAUUUUCUGCAUUUCCAUGAUUUGGAUCAGCUUUUAUAGCUACAUUAUGGUCUGGAUGAUUACGAUAAUAGGCAGUACACUCGGAAUUCCUGACACUGUGAUGGGGCUGACAUUCGUAGCGGCAGGUGUUAGUGUGCCGGAUGCUCUAUCAUCACUGGCGGUGAUCAAAGAAGGUCUUGGCGACAUGGCCGUAAGCAACGCAGUCGGCAGUAAUGUCUUCGACAUUCUAGUUUGCCUUGGCCUGCCUUGGUUCAUUCAAACUGCCAUGAUACAGCCAGGCUCGCAUGUAAACGUCACUAGCAGAGGUCUCACGUACUCAACCAUCUCAUUGCUAUCGACAGUUGUAUUUUUGGUGGUAGCGACACAUUUUAAUGGCUGGAAGCUGGACAGGCAAUAUGGCAUUGUUCUAAUGGUAUGGUACUUGAUCUUCAUAAUAUUCGCUUCGUUGUAUGAGCUGAACAUCUUUGGGCAAAUGAAUCCUCCAUCGUGCCCAAGUCAAUAUUAAUUAAGAUGAUAUUAGAUUGGAAGAGAAAACAUUGAGCAACUUUUAAAAUUAACGCCACUUUGUUAUAACAUCGCGGAAGAAGCACUGUACAUAAUAAGUAAGGAGGCAAGCGAGUUGACGAAUCUCUCAAUUCUUGGAAGCAUCGAUUUGGAAAAAUUUACAAAGGAAAACAAAAAGAAAACAAUAUGGAAUACAAUAGAUAAUAGGGACAUUUGAAUUCCUAUGUUUAGACUAAUGAAAAUUUAGCACCAAAAGCAAAUAAUUGCGUUUAAAGACUUUCGAAGCCUGGAAAUCCAAAGAUUUAAAUAAGUAUGGAUAAAUCGUGUUUACCGAACUUGAAUGA